AUGUCCCAAAUCCAAUUUUACAACAUCAAGAACGGAGAAGAGGUUCAUACACCCGCACUUAUUGUCCACGGAAAUAUAAAUACAAAUGCCAAUUCUGUCCAAGUGCAUCAUUCGCAGCUCCCUCCCUUAACGUUUCCCGUUAACAACCACGGAUUCAAGUGCAUUAUUUCUUUGACUCCUGGUGAAAACUUACUAUGGUUCACUGGAAAUGACAAUUCUACGGCGCAAUUAACUAUUCAAUACGUACCAUUGUUACAGAACCCGCCAAUUCAUCUAUGUCUACUACUCGCUAAAGAUUCUCCUCUGAAAUAUGAUGCACCAGCUGUACAGAUUCGUAAGGAGGGUGGUAACGGUCUCGAUUUGGCCAUAAAGAAAUUGAGAACUGGUGCACGGAUCAUGCAAGCUUUCACUAAUGAACAAAUGGUUCGUAACGGCGUCGGUCAAAGAACUUUCCGAUUCGUGGAAGAAUUCACGAAGGAUACCCUCCUAAAGGAUGACGAGUUAAGAAACACCGUUAAGAUUCAUAUUCUAAAAAGUGAGAAGACUACCGUGGAGCUAAGAGAUAUUAAUAUCGCACAACAGAAUCCUAAUGCAAAAGAUGCAGGUGGCUUAUUUGGUAUAGCUAUGAAGGAAUUAGAAAGAUAUGGUGCACCAUUUAAUGACAACUAUAACACUUCUCAAGCUGCUGUCAUGUUCAUGGAUAGUCAUUGGGACAAAAAACUGAAAUUGAUUACUGCGCAUGCCGCUCUCGGUGGUGGUACAAAUAAGAUCAAACUUGCAAUUUUCGGUUCCCAUGGUCUGUAUUCUUGGCCUACUUGCUUUCAAGACAUUGUUCCUUACUUUUUAGAUGAUACCAGAGCAAGCACCUCUGAAGUAGCCAAUGAUUGUAACCAGUGCGGUACCCACUGGGAAUGUCUCGCAAUUACACUAGGUGCAUUCAUGCAUGAAAUAGGACACUUGCUAGGCUGUCCACAUCAAGAAAAUGGGGUAAUGUUAAGAGAUUACAUGACUUUGAACAGAUCGUUCCUUACCAAAGAAGCUUACAGUUUAAGAACUAAUUCAUAUGGUGCCCAAUCUCCAAUAUAUCCUAAACUCGAAUGUACAUGGCACAGAUUGGAUAUUCUUCGAUUCUUAUACCAUCCCAGCUUUGCACUACCUCAAGACUUUUAUGAUCCGCAAUUAUUAAGACCAGGUCAGCUAGAUCAUUGGAAAUAUCAGAAGGCCACCUUGUUCCCGAUGGGAAAUCAAACUGCAAGUAUUAAAUCGGAAUCAGGUAUCUACUGUAUUGAAAUAAUAUGUGGUGAGUUCGGGAAAGCCCACUUGGAAUAUCUACCAAAACAACAUGGUGGUGUAGGACCCCAAAAGGAAAUCUUAGUUACUCUGGAUCAGCUGCGUUCCAUGAUUCCUCCUGCUCAAGUUCCUGAGUUCGGUAACAAGUUCAAUAUAAAAGUUCACUCCAUUAACGCUGCUACCGCUGAAUUUACCAACUUUCCGGAGAUAAUCAAUGUUAAGCCAAUUUCCAUGAAAGAAUAUGGUUUCGGAAAUAACGUUCUAGGUGUUAAAUCUACACUAUUAGGUAACGCCAACCGUGGUAGUCCAACUGGUUUAGUUCCAAUUAAAGUUGAGCAAUGCUACAUCGUGCGCGUUUAUCAUGGCGCAGCUUUAGAUGGUAUCAGAUUUUAUGCUAAGGACACAUCAGAAGCUCCUCAGAUUCCUCCACGCACUUACGCCGGAAAGGUGUCUAGCAUAUUUAAAGGUGCAAAAGAUGUUAUGACAAGUGGUCCAUCAGUAUUAUUUGGGAAGGAGACUGCUAAUUAUAGUGAUCUAAGACUGGAAUCCAACGAAUAUAUAACAGGAUUCAACGUUAGAGCAGGUGCUUGGAUAGACGCGAUCCAGGUAAUUACAAGCAAAGGUAGAUUAUCUGAAAUGUUCGGAUCAAAAUCUGGAGGUUCAUUGGGAACACUAACCCCGCCUCCGAAUAAGAAAGUCUUGGCAAUAUACGGAAAUGUCAGCAGUUGGGUUGACGCAGUAGGAAUAGUUUUCGAGGCUUGA